AUGGAUAAAAGAUUACAAUCGAAUUUUUCAACAAAUUUGAAUGAAUCAUCUUUACAUAGAAAACAAGAUUCUGAUUCAACUAUGCAUGAUAUACUUAGUAAUUCAGCGACGUCCAAUCAUGAAAAACAAUCCGGUGAUUCAUUAGCAGGGCUUCUGAAUAAUAAUAAUAAUGUACAACAGGAUAUUGCAAGAAUGCCGACAUUUCAACAACAAAUUCAAAUGAAUCGAUCAAAGACGAAUCACGUUCCAUUAAAUUCUGAAACAAUUCAACAACAACAUUAUGAUUUUAUUAAAAAAUAUAAAUCAGCUAAAACCAAAUUAGAAUCUCAAUUAAAAGCAGCUCGAGCACAAGAAUUAACUAGUGGUGGACAACCAAGUGAUAUGAUAAAACGAAAUACUAUACUUAAUAAAUUAUCACAAUUAGAAGCUAUUAAAAAUAAACAUUUAACACGUACUAUUGAACUUAAACGUCAAACUCAACAAUCAACAUCAGCAACAGCUGUUAAGAAUAUUGAACAAAAAGAUUUACCUAAUAGUUUAUUUAGUUCAUCAUCAACAUCAUCAUAA